AUGGAGUCUGAGACGCUUGACCUCCUCAUCGUUGGCGCCGGCUGGAGCGGCCUCGCCGCCCUCAAAACCUACCGCCAACUCCACCCCUCCGCGAACGUAUGCCUCCUCGAAGCAGCCUCCUCGGUCGGCGGCGUCUGGGCAAAACACCGGCUCUGGGACGGCCUCAAGAGCAACAACAUGCGCGGGACGUACGAGUACUCUGACUUUCCGAUGGACGACUCGUUCGGCGUCAAGGAGGGACAGCAUAUUCCGGGGCAUGUGCUGCAAAGAUACCUGGAGAGCUACGCGGAGCAUUUCGGUGUGCUCAAGGAUGUACGGCUAAACUGCCGCGUCGAGACCGUGGAGCACAACGAGGAUGCGCAGAGCGACCUCAAAUGGACGGUCCGCUACACCGAUUCUACAUCGGGAGAGGAACAAGAAAAAGAAAUCACCGUGCGCAGCCGCAAGCUCAUUCUUGCGACCGGCGUAACCUCGCAACCGUACCUCCCGCACAUCGAAGGCCAAGAGACCUUCGCUCGCCCGCUCUUCCACACAAUCGAGAUGCCAAAAUACCUCGAGUCCACGCUGCAACAACCCACCAACCGCAUCGCCGUGCUGGGCGGCACAAAGUCCGCCUGGGACGUCGUCUACGCUGCUGCGACAGCCGGCGCCCAAGUCGACUGGAUCAUCCGCGACAAUGGGCACGGACCCUGCUGGAUGGCGCCGCCGUACGUCACGCCGCUGAAGAAGUGGCUGGAGAAGCUGGUGACGACGCGGCUGCUUACGUUCUUCUCUCCGUGUAUUUGGGCCGAGCAGGGCGCCGAAGAUGCGCUCGGCAACAAGGCGCGCGCGUUCCUGCAUGGCUCGUGGCUUGGCCGGAAGAUCACGGACUCGUUCUGGAAAGUGCUGGGUGACGACGUCGUCGCGCUGAACAAAUUCGACUCGACCCCGGAGCUGAAGAAACUGCAGCCGUGGAUCUCGCCGUUCUGGGUUGCGUCUGGUCUAUCAAUUCUGAACUACGAGACGAACUUCUUCGAUCUCGUUACGGAGGGGAAGGUCCGAAUCCAUGUCGACCAUAUAACCCAUCUCUCCGAGGGAACAGUCCACCUCGCAAAAGCCCCCGCACUCGACAAUGUCUCCUCCCUCGUCGUCGCAUCAGGCUGGUCUCCAACACCAAACAUCACCUUCGUCCCAUCGACUCUCCCAUCGCAACUCGGUUUCCCCAACGCCACCGACCCCCUCCCGACAUCUCUCGUCCAAGCCGCAGACACCGAGAUCCUCCGCCGUUUCCCCAAGCUAAACGAACACCCGACGCACAACUCCCCCGAGAAAUACGAGCCCCUAGCGCCCGACGCACAGACCGAAUCCCAGUCUCUGCACCCCUACCGCCUAACGCGCUUCAUGGUGCCUGCAUCAGACCUCGGCCGCGAGCGCAGCGUCGCGUUCAUGGGCGUCGCAAUGACAAUCAACACGCCGCUCCUCGCGCAAACACAAGCCCUCUGGAUCUCCGCGUUCUUCGCCGGAAAGGUCUCGCUCGACUCCAUAGCGACAGAGACGUGCCCCGAGCAUCUUGCGGCCAUCCUAUCCAAAACAACAUCGCCGUCCAUCGACCCGGGCGUCGACACCAAGAAGCCCGCCGUCACAACAACAAUCACGAGCCCAAGCCCCGAGUCCGAGUCGCAGUCCCAGCCCUUGAAUGACAAGCAAGGGAACGGAAACGGCUACUUCAACACCCUCUACGAAACAGCGCUGCACACGCAAUUCGGCGUGCACCGGUACCCCGGCGGUCUGGGCCGCAGAAAUCCGGACUUCGUCUUCGAUGCCAUUCCGUAUGUUGAUAUGCUCCUAAGGGAUCUGGGACUCUGCGGCGCUAGGAAGAAGGGCGGGUUUAAGGAGCGCUGGCUGAGCCCGUAUGGGGUUGAGGAUUAUGUUGGCGUGCUUGGGGAGUGGAGGGAGAGGGAGAGGAAUGGGGGCAAGGAGGUGGAGGAGGUAUGA